CGCCAGCACGACGGCCAUGGACAGCAGCAGUGCCAUCUGCUGGUCAGAGAACAGCUACUUACUCCAAACUGACGCUCACUCUACCACGCUGGCCAUCAGCGAGACCUCAUAGCCACUCACUACCCGCGCCGUGGACAGCCAUGGAUGACCUCCGGGAGCAGGUGGAGCUCUUCGAGAGCAGCGCCAACCUCGCAACGAGCAUAAGCCAGGUGCAAAAGGCCAUUGACCUUCUCACUGCAGCUCGGGCCAAGAUUGCAGCGGAUGCGAAGACGGCGCCCUUGACCCUCGCAAAGCUCCAGGACCCCUUCAAGAAGACGCUGGAUGCUGCGCAGAAAGAUCUCAAGCCCAUCUAUGCCGGCCUUAACAAGUAUGGCAAGGCGCUGGACAGGAAAUUCAAAGACAAGCCACUCCCCUCGGCUGAAAAUGACGCCCUCUCCUCGCACCCCUCUCUCAUCAACCGAGCCAUAGCCAUGCAUCUUCUCCGCGAAGGCCAGUUCGGCGUCGCAUCCACCUUCGUCGAAGAAGCAAACCGCCACCCGCCGCAUCCCGAGCCCACCCUCAACACACCAAACCCGUAUCUACGAGAGUCAUGGGAGAAAGAUCUAGCCGAAGGAACAUUCAACUCUGAAAAGUUACAGCAGCAGUUUGCCCAAAUGUACCAUAUCCUACACCAGCUCCGAAUCGAGCGGAACCUGAAGCCCGCCAUACAAUGGGCGCGAGAACGAAGCGACAUACUAGAAGCGCGAGGCAGCAAUCUCGAGUUCGAACUAUGCCGCCUGCAGUUCGUCUGCCUUUUUGUCGGCCAUGGUCAACCAGACGAUAUCAUGAACGAAGAAGAGAACGCCUCCGGUCCCUUGCACGCAUGGAAGUAUGCGCGCCGCAUAUUUGGAGACUUCCAGAACAGAUACGCGCGGGACAUACAGCAACUCAUGGGCGCAAUGGCCUACUGGGAAAAUGUCGAGGACUCGCCCUACCAAAGAUACUUCUACAAUGACUCCGCCUGGGAGGAAGUAGCGCAGUCCUUCAAUCGGGAAUUCUGCUCUUUACUUGGCCUGAGCGCAGACUCACCGUUAUUCAUCGCCGCGACAGCUGGCGCUAUAGCCCUUCCAUACCUCCUCAAGCUCCAAACCAUCAUGAAGGAAAAGCGCACCGAAUGGACGACGCAACACGAGUUGCCCGUCGAAAUACCAUUGCCAAGCCAGUACCAUUUCCAUUCCAUCUUCGUCUGCCCCGUGAGCAAGGAGCAGACAACCGAUACCAAUCCACCCAUGAUGAUGCCCUGCGGCCAUGUUAUUGCACAGGAGAGUCUGGAUAAGUUGAGCAAGGGCGCGAGGUUCAAGUGCCCUUACUGUCCAACCGAGAGUCAUCCUCGGGACGCGAGGAAGGUUGUGCUGUAGGAUGCCAACCGCAAAAUGAGGAGGAGGGCGGCUACGAUCGAUGAGGUGCUGCAGCUGCUGAGGAACUUGUUGGCGACGUAUUUAUAGCAUUGACUCACGGCGUAUAGGAAGGACACAUUCGGGCGUUAUGAGGAACUGGCGUUGGGAAUCGACGGUGCGGGCUUUACUGUCUUUUGCGUCUGGCACUUGCUUAUUAUCUCUUUCUUCUGAUAUCAUAUUCUCUUAGAAGAACCAAUACUAUCCAUACUCACUAAGCAAAGCAAGUAAAAUGAUCGAGCAAGGGUAUUGCACAGCUAUAGCCACUGUGUCAAAUGAUCGUUCAAUUCAGUCAGUUACUUCAACA